GGGCUGGACGUGGGGAGAAAGCCAACUGCGGCCGGCCCUGGGAGGGAGCAGGGAGGGGCUGAGAAUAAACAGAAGGGCCUCCCCGCAGGUGCCGCCGGCCAGGUCUCCCAGGGGCUCCCAUCACCACGACGCUGCCCGGACGCCUCACCUCCAGAAGACGGGGAGGGGCAGGCGGCCCCAGGCAGGCCUGAGCAGUUGGUACAGGCUCUGUCCCCGCUGCCUACUCCCACCAGAGAUAAACCUACUGUUGCCCCUGUGGAGGGUGGGGAGGACCAGGGUGGCCUGUAUGCCCCCAACCAGCCCCGAGCACAGGCCUGGAACCACAGCAUUGCCGAGUUACUCUGCAGCCUGGCCUUGCCACUUUCUUUUGUUUCGUCCCCACCCUUCAGAAGAUUUAUGGCCCAAGUGGAUCCCUGCUACCACCUGCCACCUCCAGCCUUCUUCUCUGGGAAAGCCUUGCCUCUGCUCCAUGAAGCAAUGGGGGAGCAGGUGCGUCAGGAAAUGCGGUGGGCUAAGGGUGGCUGCGUUCACCUCAGUGUGUCCGUGGCAGCCCAGGACACAGUUGUGGACUAUGUGGCUAUCACUGCCCACUGGGGGGUGACACGGCCGGGUAGCCAACAGGUGGGGUCUGGAAGCCCAAGGAAGCAGGCUGUGCUCUGGGUCCGGGGCCUUCCCCUGGAGAGUGUCCUAGAGGACAGGCAGCGGGAGCUGCGGGAGCAGCUCAGCUUGUGGCUCAGCCACGGCUCCCUGAGGCCGGGCUUUCUGGUGGCGGGUGGCUGCCCCAGCCUGGAGCAGGUGGUGAGGACAGAGGGCUACAUCCCUGUCCCUUGCUUUGUCCACUGCCUCGACUCUCUGGUGGGAAGCUUUCUGUGUCACCAUCACAGCGUCCAGAUCAUCCUGGGCACGGCCAGGGCCAUCUGCAGCCACUUCCAAGGCUCCGCAGAGGCCCGGCGGCUCCUCUCCCGGCUGCAGCGGCGGUGCGGCCUCCCAGCGCACCAGCCCUUUUGGGAGCUCUCAGACCACUGGGUCUCUGCCUACCGCCUGAUGGAGUGGCUGGUGGAGCAGCAGCGGCCACUGCAGGAGUAUGAGGAGAAACACCAGCUGGGGAAGGCGGGGACAGCCCUGUCGGCCAUGUUUUGGAGCCUGACAGACAGCCUGGUCCAGCUCCUGCGGCCCUUCCAGAUGGUGGUCCGGGAGGCGAGCACCACACAGGCUUCCUUGAGCCUGGUGCUGCCCCAGCUACGCUACCUGCACAUCUUCCUGGAGCAGGUUCGCGGGUACUUUGAGGAGCAGAGCGCUGGGGAGAUGGGUGCAGCUGUGCGGCUGGCUGAGGGCUUGGCCCUGCAGCUGACCACAGAUGGCCAGCUCACCGAGCUCUUCCACCGCGAGGAGUUUGUGCUGGCGACCCUCUUGGAUCCCCGCUUCAAGGGGAGGAUCGAGGCCAUCCUGCCCGCGGGGGCUGACAUUGACCACUGGAAGCAGGUGCUCGUGUACAAGGUGAAGGAGAUCAUGGUGUCGGAAUACUCCUUGCCUCCCUCGCCGUCCCUGCAGAGCCCCCGGGCUGUGCGUGCGGACUCCGCCUUGAGUGGUAGAGUGGCCAGGAGCUCCGGGGCAGAGGGAAAGGACCAAGAGGACCCUAUGCAGAGAGGCAGUGCCUCUGAGUCUUUGCUGUUUGGCCAGAGGGAGAAGAGCCUGCUGGAGCAGCUGGAAAGCGUGGGGCUGCUGGCCUCCAGGAGGAGUGGUGCCUCGCUCUCCAUGGAGAACCACCAGGCCAGCGUCAUUGUGAAGAAGUACCUGCGCGAGAAUGAGGCGGUGGGUGCCCAGGAGGACCCCCUGGCUUACUGGGAGAAGAGGUGGGAUGUCUGGCCAGCCCUGGCGAGACUGGCCACCAUCUAUCUGUCCUGCCCCCCGACGGGCACCUUCUCAGCAAGUGUCUUGGCCUCCCUGGGCAGCCGGACCAUCACGGAACAUGACCCCUCUCUCCCAGUGGACGCCAUCCAGUAUCUUCUCUUCCUGAAGACCAACCUGGAGAAUUUCCCCAGCUACACCCCGCCGCCCCUUAUCUUCCCCAGUGGGGACCUGGCUGAUGUGGAACAGACCAGUGAGCCUGACUGCACGGUCUGAUGCCCCGAAAAGCUGCCUGUGGAAAGAAGCAGAGUAUUGCACCUGAGGACAUUAGACAAGGGCAGCCAGAAUCUUAAACCUGUUUGAAAAGAAUGAGGGCAGUUUCUCACCUCUUGCCAGAUGGCCGCUUUCACUUACAGGGAGGUGUCCUUUUCCAUCUGGCCGCCGCUUGAUUUAUGGCCAGCGGUGUGUGUGUGGAAAGGUUUACUCCGCUCACGGGUGACUCCCAGUUGUACUACACAGCUUGUUAACUGUGGUGCUCUUUUAAAAUACCAGCGGGUAGUAAGGGCCCCCCAUACAGCUUGUCCGUGUGUGUCGGGGGUGCGGGCCCUGAGAGCAGCCAGAGCCCAGGGAGCCGUGUGUGCUGCGGGGGAGGUAUGCCCAGCCACCCAGGCCAGGGGGACACUGUGGGCGCUCUUCCUGAGACAGAGGCGCUGUUUUAAGAGGAAGGGGCCCACGGGCACACGGGGCUUCUCAGGGCCUGUACUCUCCCUGGAUCCCAGAGUGCCCCAGAGCUCUGGUGGCUGGGACCGCUGGCUCCUGAGGUCAUGUGACUGAGGAGAGCUGAGACCCCCCCCCAGUCCUCACACUGUCAUUCUUACCUGUAGUUUGCAGACCCCCAGAAACCUUGGGGUUUCUUCCUUUCUACAGUGGACACCUCAGGAAGCAAGGAAAGAUGUAUAUCCUAGGAAUGGAACAGCCUGGCCUGAGUUCUUUUGGGGCCAGGGCAGGACCUGAGGGCGUGGGACCAGGCACUGGGGGGAUCCGGUGGAGAAGAAGGAAAAGGAGAGGUAGGGGUGUGGGGGGUGGCCCAUCUCACCCCACAAGACGCGAGUCUAGCUCUCCCAAGGUGCUGGGUCACCAGGGGACGUGGCGGUGAGACGGAAGGUGGGGAGACGCAGGGCGAGGCACCGAGGCCUAAUCUGCACUGUGGCCCUGGCUGUGGGGGUGAGCCUGGGAGACCUGUCCCCUUGCGUCCCUGUGUCACUGUGACUAAUUCACUGCAGGGCAUUCGGAAGUUACUGAGAACAUGAGGAGCUGGAGAAAUUCCCUGUCAUCCUUUCAUUCAGACGGCCUCUGUUACUGCUUAAACAUGUUUCCUUUUUUUACUUUGAGAUCAUACCCUGUCCUACUUAGCGUGGUGUAUUUUCAUUUUGACGGUGUCAUUGUGGCAUCUUGAAUAAAGCUUCAUAAAGAUCA